UGUUUCCUACUCCUCCAAAAGAUGAAGAAAGGAAUGCUUGUUAGUUGCCUUCUUCUCCUCCAAAUCAUUAUGUUCAUUUGGUGUUCGUCUAGUGAAAGUACUACUUUGGAUGAUGGUGACCCUCAUGUGAAGCAACUACAAAGCCAAGAACCUCUUCCAGGAUUUAAUUCAAAAAUGGAGACAAACCAAAACAAAACAAAGAUAAGAAGAGAGAAUGUAGAUGAAGAUGAAGUGAUGAAUCUGAUUGGAUGGGUGAACAAGGCAAAAGGAGGUGGCGGUGGUAGCAGCGGUGGUGGUCAUGGAGGCGGCAAAGGUGGAGGUAGGAAUGGUGGUAAAGGGAGCCCUGAAAUCCACCACCAUGCUCCACCUAAGAAAAAUAGUGCCAUUGGCAUAUUGAUGACAAAUCAUUCAUCCCUUUUAUCCUCUAUCUUCAUCAAUAUUAGCGUGUACCUUUGGUCUUCUUCUCUUCUAAGUUUUCCGUUGAGUUAGAUUCAAGAGUUGUUCUCAUUUUUAUUCUUAAAAAUGAGUAUAUGAUUGAAUUAAUCAAUGAAAAACAAUUG